AUGAACGCGCACGGCAUUCCUGCCGCUGCUCGGCCUUUUAAUCGGCACACCCGCUUGGUGUUCGUGCUCGUGCUCGUGCCUCUUAGCGGACAGUCAACGGCGGCAACAGCAGCGGCAACCAACAGCCACAGCAACAGCAGCAUCAAAUUGAGCAACCACGGCAGUCCACUAACUGGUGACAGUGGCAGCACUGGCAGUGGCAACGCUGGCAACGACAGUGGCAACCACAGCGCAUUCCUAUUGGCCGCCGAUCACCUGCCGCUUCAGCUGACGACCGCCAAAGUGGAUCAGGAUUUUGAAAUCGAUAUUCAACUGCUCACAAAUGGCUAUGACGGAACCACGGUAAGUGAAGUUUUAAACAAGAGGGGAACAGUGGAAGAGGGAGGAAUACUCUAUCUACAUAGUAAUGGUAAUCAAAAGAAAACAAUUUGA